AUCGUGCGCCUGCGCGGCUUGCCCUUCAACGUGACGCAGGACGCAAUCAUGCAAUUCUUCCAGGGCUACCACAUCCCCAACGGCGCCAUGGCCGUCCACCUCGUCCUCGGCACCAACUCGCGGCCAAACGGGGAGGCGUUCGUUGAGUUUGGGUCCGAGGAGGCGGCCGACGCGGCGCUGGCCAAGGACCGCGCGUCCAUCGGCACUCGCUACGUCGAGGUGUUUCGCUCGAACCUGGAGCAGAUGCACCAGGCGCUCUCGCGCGCAAACAACGGGAUGCCCUACGCGCCCUACCCGACCUUCUCCCCCAUGGGGCCGCCCAUGUACGGCGGCGCGAUGGGCGCGCCGGGCGGCAUGGGCGUCGUCGAUUCGGUGGUCAAGAUGCGCGGGCUGCCAUACAAAGUGACGCGCAACGACAUCCUCGAGUUCUUCGCGGGCCUGUCGGUGCCGCUCAACGGGGUGCACCUGAUGUUCAACGAGCGCGAGCAGCCGACCGGCGAGGCGUACGUCGAGUUCUCCUCGCCGGAGGACCGCGAGCGCGCCAUGUCAAAGGACCGGCAGCACAUGGGCGGCCGCUACGUCGAGCUUUUCCGCGUGAGCCGCGCGGAGAUGAUCCAGGCG